AUGUUCCGGUUGCUAUUGCGUUGCUAUCGAACCCCCCCCCUCCAGUCAUUCACCCAAGUACAACCUUUUGCGGUGCAUUGUGCAGCAAUUUCUACUGCAAAGUCAUGCAUUCCUUCUAACUUAAUACAGGACGAAUCGCAAUCCGUCCCGAAACCGCCAUCCGAGGUUGAUGCCACCGCUAACGCUUUGGUAUCGGCCGUACCAGAGAGACGAUUGGCUGUCUUGUCUUCUGUUGUUCUCUUUACGCAUGAAGCAGUGAUUAUGCCGCCCCCUCUGAUUGGCCCAAUCAGUGUGGCAAGUUGCGGCAAUCUCUGCAAGCCCGGGCUGUGUUUGCCCAAUCCGCCUGCCCAAUACAGACAAGCGGUAGUCGCGAAUGGGAAAGUUAUUUUUGGACCGUCCGUGUGGCCGAAACGUCUGCCUGUGAGAUGCCGGAGAGACGCCAAAAUGGCCGGUAGGCACACACAAGUGACGCAGUGUGAUUCACACUCCUCUCAAAUCCCAGCCCUUUGGACCACCUGGUGCCCAAGUGAUUCAAAAAUGUGUCCUCAAGUCAAUUGA